CGGGGGAUGCUCCCCUAGGAUGGCCUCCUGCCUCCUCGCUCUAGCGGCCACCCUCUUCCUCCCCGUGUCCCCGCCGGCGGAGGGAGCAGACCUGCCUGAGCCCCAGGAAGUGAAGUUUGAGGCUCAGCUCUUCCACCACAUCUUGCGCUGGGUGCCUGGCCCGGGUCAGCCUGCUAAUGCUGUCUACGAGGUGCAGUAUCUUAGAUAUGGGGAGUCUCCCUGGCACCCCGUCCCAGCCUGCACUGGAACUCUGGCCCUCUUCUGCGAUCUCACCUUGGAAACCCUGGAACCCCACCUGAAGGACUCGGGCUACUUUGCCAGGGUCCGAGCUGUGGCCGGGAACAUGACCUCCAAAUGGAACAAGACGGCCCGACUCACCCUGGAGGAAGUGAUCCUGAAGAUUGCUGGGAUGAAGCUGAAGGCGAGAGGCAGAAUGAUCCACGUGGAACUACAGCUGCCCCGCAAGAAGGAGGGGGACCUGCUGGUCACCUACGAAAGCAUCUUCGAAUACUUCCGAGAGUAUGAGGUCUCCAUCCGCAGGGUGUCCGAUAACUACACGCUCAUUCACAAGAAGAAAGAUCUUGAAGAAUUCAACGUCAAGACGCCCGGAGGGAGUGGGGAGUUUUGUGUCCGAGUGAAGCCCCUGAUCGGCUCCCGCCCCAACCAUGGGCUGUGGUCAGAGGAAAGCUGCGUGGUGCUCUCUGAGCAGUAUUUGACAGUGACCAGCCUCGUCACCAGCUGUCUCGGGCUUAUCCUGUGUGUCUGCCUGGUGCUGGGCUUCCUGGCUGUCCACCUGUACAUCAAGAGGCCCAUGAAGACUCCGGAGGUGUUGAAGUCCCUGAUGAAGCCGAGCCCAUCGUGCAUUGCAAGCGAUGGGGCAGAAUCUGUCCGGAAAGACGCGGUCCACCUCCUGCAGGGGACGGUCCUGCCACGGGGCUCCCAGGACCUGACGCACACAAUCCUCCACGGCAGCACCGACAGUGGUUUCAGCAGCCCCCAGCACUCCUCCCCCGAGAGCAGCAGCUGUGCUGUCCUCCCCUCAGAACCAACCGUGGCCUGGGGUGAACUCCGGGGGUCCAAUGGCGGUGGCAGCAGCAGCAGCACGGACAGCGGGAUCUGCCUGCGCAGCUCCUGCACCGGCCCUCGCCCGGAGCCCGUGCAUUCCUGGAUGUCGCCAGAGAACUGUGACGAGGACAGCGGCAUCAGCCUGGCGCCAGCUUCCCCGGGCCUGCUGCGCUCUCCCAGGACCGCUGAGUACCAACUGGCAAAACCCGAGCCCUCGGCAGCUCUGGGCCACACGGAGGACCCCACCGCCGUGCUACAGUUUCGGGGCUACUUGAAGCAGGCAAAGGGCCUGGACGUAGACCUGGGAAUGGAUGGGCCUCUCUCCCAGGACCACUCAGGCUUGGCCUACAGAAGCUGCCCGGAUGAGGGCCAUGCCAGCCUGGCCUGGUCUCAGCCUGCUCCCACUCAGGGCUACUUAAAGCAGUCACCCCCAGGCCGGGAACAGGAGCCCCUUCCGGCCCCAUGGGACCCGACUGGGGAGGACUCUGCGGUCUCAGACAGCUGGGGUGAAUGUAAAGCCGCCAACUGGCAGGGCUCCUUCAGGCCUUUGGACCCCGGCCUGCUGGAACUUCCCCUUAUCUCCAGCCUGCUCUCACCCCAGGACUGCUGGCCCCCUGCCACCAUCACUGCCUCAGGCCUGUGGUCCCCGACAGCCAUCUCUCCGGGGCCCCUUCCUCAGAACAUCACUACCCCAGUUUUGGGCCCAGGGGACUAACGGUUGUGGGCACACUUCCUACUGUGGAGGACUCUGAUACUAAACCGCAACCUACCUCAUCACCCCCACAGGAGGGAUGACCCUGACAACAGUGCCUGCUGACCAAGGCCUCACAGAGGCAAAUGGGUAGGGGCACACAGUGGUGCCGUUCUUCAGUCGGAGGUGUUGGGGAGUCUGGGUACCAGCCUGCCGCAAAAGCCCGGAAGAGUCUGGAUGCCGGCUUGGGCGUGGGCCUCAGAGGAGUCUGGGGCCAUUGAUCAGGUUGCCAGCAGCAGGCACAAGUGCCAGCAAUAGAAGCCUGGCCCUUCUGGCAGCUGCAUCUAUCUAGGCUAAGAGGGAUGAAGGCAGUUAUCCGAUCAACUGGAGCAAGUGGAAAGAGUGCCACCAUGCUGAGAAGGCAAGAGCGGGGGUCCACCAGCCUGGCCAUCUGCCCUGACCGAAUUCACCGGAUUCUAGUCCCGCUAUCCACGAAGCCCUCGCCUCAAAGUUUCCCAUGGAAGGUUUGGCUUGGACAAAGCAGAGUCGGGCUCUGUCCCCCACCCUAUAUCUCCCGUCUGGGUGUCUGGGAGUCGGGAGGGCACUGGGCCAGUCAGAAAAGUCCUGUCCCAGCUAGCCAGGGAGACACCAGGGGAAACCCUGGGGGCCACUUCUGUCUGAGCGGAGGGAGAGAUAACCAUCUGCCUAUUCUGGACUGAGUCACCUGCAAGCCCUGAACCUUCC